AUGGCCGCGGCUAAUCAAAUAGAAGCCGACUUCCCAUAUUCUUUAGUCAUCUCGAUCCCUCUCCCCACCAACCGCCUCGCCUCAGCAGCCCUUCAAGCCAUCCAAGUCGAUCAAGAACUCUCCCCACUCGUGCGACGAGAUUUUGCGCUCAUAUCCCCCAACCCCGAUGCGAAUGAUGAUGCCGACGAGGCGAGCAAAACCGUACUGGAGACUACCUACCGGGCCACGACGAAUCGCAUGCUACGGGUCUCUGUGAAUGGAUUUAUGGAUACACUGGGGGUUGUGUUGGGGGUCAUUGAGGAGUUGGAUGUUGAUGUGCUUAGGGGGGAGCUGGGGAAGUGA